AUGAUGAAGGCAAGGUGGCGUGCAGGGAAAGAACCAGUGCAGGGCUGUAGCAUCUUCUCUCUGUAUUAUUCUUACUCAACCCCAAGAGGUGCAGUAUAUACAGUUGGGGAUUUCAUGACAGGAAAAGAGGAUUUGCAUGUUGUAAAGCCAACAACAACUGUUGAUGAAGCACUGGAAGCUCUUGUUGAACACAGAAUCAUAGGUUUUCCUGUUAUCAAUGAUGAUUGGAAAUUGGUAUGUUAUCUUUCCCUUAAUUUUUUUCUUUUCAUGAGUUCUACAAUUGGCUCCGGAAGAACUCAUAUUUUUGUUUAUCAUAUAAUUUUUCACCUUUUGCAACUAAAGCAGUCCUCAAUUUUGCAGACUUUCAACGAGGUACAGAAGUUACUCAACAAGACGAAUGGCCUGGUGGUUGGUGAUUUAAUGACACCAGCUCCAUUAGUUGUACGUGAAACAACUAAUCUCAAGGAUGCUGCUAGAAAUUUCAAAUUAUUGCUCGAGACAAAAUACCGCAGACUUCCGGUUGUUGAUGUAGAGGGCAAGCUAGUGGGUAUCAUCACAAGAGGAAAUAUCAUUAGAGCUGCCCUUCAAAUAAAGCGUGAAAUUAAAAGAAAAGCUUAA